UUCCAGCUGAGCAAACUCGCAAAGUGCAAAACUUUCCCGGGAAUCGAUCGCCUAAAGAGAAGCCGAGUUCAGUUUGGUCUGUCAUUUCCUCAAACGUUCAUCAUCAUCAUCAUCAUCAUCGGAAGGAGAUUUUUGGUGGAAUCCGAAGAAGGAAGAGCCAUGGAUUCAUCGACCCUCGCUUCGCUUCCCGAGGAGAGAGAAAGCACCGAUCAGCCACAGCAGCAAGACCAAUCUCUCUCUGCCUUUGCAUCUCUUCCUCAUCGCCCUCCGACGCAGACCUCUUUACAAAAAUACUCACCUGUAGAUUGGCUGGGUUACUUUGACCGAGAAGAUGAUAUCUGCAUUCCAGACUCCAACGAUGUAUUUCAUGUGUAUAUGGCAGGAAAAGAAGGGCCUGUUGUCUUUUGUCUGCAUGGAGGUGGUUAUUCUGGGCUCUCUUUUGCAUUGUCAGCAAAAAUAAUAAAAGAAAAGGCUCGAGUAGUUGCCAUGGACUUGCGAGGGCAUGGAAAGUCAACCUCAGAAAACGAUCUGGACCUUUCCAUUGAGACAAUGUGCAAUGAUGUUGUGGCUGUUGUGAAAGCAAUGUACGGAGAUUCUCCUCCAGCAAUCGUGCUUGUUGGUCACAGCAUGGGAGGUUCAGUUGCUGUGCAUGUUGCUGCAAGAAAAGCAAUUCCUAGCUUGGCUGGGCUGGUUGUCGUUGAUGUUGUAGAGGGAACAGCUUUGGCUUCAUUAAUUCAUAUGCAAAAAAUUCUAUCUAGCAGGAUGCAGCAUUUUUCAAGCAUUGAAAAAGCAAUUGAAUGGAGUGUCAGAGGAGGCACUUUAAGAAACAUUGAUUCUGCUCGUCUAUCAAUCCCUACCACAUUAAAGUAUAAUGAAUCAAAGAAAUGUUACAUUUACAGAGCACGAUUGGAAGAAACAGAACAGUAUUGGAGAGGCUGGUAUGAAGGCCUUUCAGAAAAAUUUCUGUCAAGUCCUGUUCCGAAGCUGCUGCUUUUGGCUGGAACAGACCGACUGGACAGAGCUCUCACGAUUGGUCAAAUGCAAGGAAAAUUUCAAAUGGUUGUUGUGAGACAUACCGGGCAUGCUAUACAGGAAGAUGUACCUGAGGAGUUUGCCACUCUGAUACUUAACUUUAUAUCUCGGAACCGAAUAGGCCCCCAUGGAGUUGAGAUACCAGGGCUUCGCCGUCCUUUCCAGUCUCAACCGAAAUAAAAAAACGAUGAAUCAGCCUGUAUUAGUCUUUCUACAUCCUGUUAUUUACGUUCUCUCCCCUUUUCUAUGGUUUUUUGUUUUUUUGUUUUUGGUUUUUGGGUUUUCACUUACGAACCGAACCCCAAGACACAAGUUUUUGUAUAUUAUUCUAGCUUAGAAUCUAAUC